AUGGACUGUGCCUGUGCUGUGAAUUUUCUUUACUGGCUUUCCGAACAGACCUUAAACGGCUUAGAAAAUGAAUCUGUUCUCCACAGGUUUGGCAUUGCCUCCACUUUCUACGGGAUCAGCCUCAAUCUUGCUGGAUUCGGUCUGAAUAUCUACCUAACCCAGUUCAUCUACGCGGCCGUAGAGGUGCCAGCUAAGCUACUGGUUUAUAACCUUUUGGAAAGAAUCGGGAGAAGAUACACUGAAGCUGGUGCUUUGCUCUUAGCGGGGAUCUGUCUCGCUAUUAACAUAUUUAUUCCUAAAGAUAAGUGGGUCUUUCGGUCGAUCAUUGCGGUGCUGGGAAAGGCAGGUUCCUCAGCCUCCUUUACUACAAUCUUCCUGUACACCUCCGAGCUGUACCCCACGGUUGUGAGACAAAAUGGCCUGGGCUACAACUCCUUCCUGGCCCGCCUGGGCGUGUCCAUCGCUCCACUCAUCAUGUUGUUGGAUGAGCUGUGGAAGCCCCUCCCCCAGAUUAUCUUAUGCAUCAUAGCUAUAGCCUCUGGCCUGACAGCAAGGUGUCUCCCAGAAACCAUGAACAGACGCCUACCAGAGACCAUAGAAGAUAUCGAGCAAACAAGGUACGGGGAUCUAACAUCUACUCAGACCUCAAAUAUGAUUCCUAAUGACUCCAUGGUUGAACUAUAGGCCUGCAAACAGCCUGGAUGUUUAGUGGUCUAUCCAUCCAUCCAUCCAUUGCAAAUUUUGCAGUUGAUGAUAUACAAAAACAGCAUAUUGUAACAGAUCCUGACUGACUGACUGACACAAUACUGCGCAAACAAGUGGAUCCAAGAUCUAAUAAGAGCUUAGAUGAUUUUAGUAUGUUUUUUUGCAGUCAGUGACACACAAACGCUGCACAUAACAGAUUCCGGCUGCAGAGCACCUUUAAACUGACCCUCG